CAACGAAAAAUCCAGGAACGGACGAGAGCAUAAACUAGCCACUGCACCCCCAUCAACCCAAAGGUCAGAGCUCACAAGUCAUCACAAAGUCAGAGCCCCCUCGAUCGUGCUCCUACCCUUCACUCCCCAGCCAGUACUGUCCCAAUCCCCCGCAGCUCGAUCGACCCGCGUAUAUAAAUCAUUGAUUGUUUCCCUCCACUACACCGAUCGAUUGAGAUGGCGGAGGAGUGGUGGGGCUCCGCACGAACCGGCGGCGACGCGCUCUCGGCGUGCUCCGCGACGCCUACCGGCUCAGAGAUCAGCGGGACUUCGGGGAUGAGUUCGGGGCCCGCAGGUUUACCGGACUCUGCCGCCGCCGCCGCCGCCUCGCCGUUCUUCCUCGCUGAUCCGCACAUGGAUUGGACGCAAUCCUUCAUGGCCGGGAAAGUAGGAGCGGCGGCCGACGCUCCGACGAGCUUCAACGCGUUGCUCCACCUGCAAGGCGACGCGAGCCGCCAGUUCCUGCUCGAUCAGGCGGAGCAUCCGCCUCCCGUUCUGGCUACCCCGUACACCGGCGGCGCGUCGCAUCAGGGGUCCGUGUACGCGGACGGACUGUACGGCUCCAGCUUGGCCAGCAGCUACGGUGACACGCAGGCCGCCGCGACGACGAAGCCGUUCUCGCAGCAGCAGCACCACCACCACCAGUUCCCAGAUUUCUUCAGCUCGACGGGGCUCUUUGGUGCGCCGGCUCCGACCCAGAGGUCACCGCAGCCUCUCCUGCAGGCUCUAGAGCCCAAACUCCUCAAGUCUAGCACUGAACCUGCGGCUCAGGACGCCUGCUCGUCGUCAUCGGCGACGAGAAGGAGCAGCGCGGCCCCUCCGGCAGCGAAGAAGCCCCGGACAGAAACGCCGAUGCCGACUUUCAAGGUGAGGAAAGAGAAGCUCGGGGACAGAGUCACCGCGCUCCAGCAGCUGGUCUCGCCUUUUGGAAAGACGGACACGGCAUCGGUUCUUCACGAGGCCAUCGGAUACAUCAAGUUCCUUCACGAUCAAGUUGCCUCUCUGAGCUCUCCCUACUUCAUCAGGUGUAGUGGCGGUCCGGUGCAGCUCCAGCACAAACAGGCUUCGGAUGGUGACGCCGGCGAGGCGAAGGAGGACCUGCGGAGCCGCGGCCUGUGCCUUGUCCCGGUGGCGAGCACUUACACGAUGGCCAGCGAGACGGCGGCACCGGAGUUCUGGCACCCUACCUUCGGAGGCACGUUUCAUUGAUUCUAAUAAGAUCCAUAGACAUGCAAGUAGUAUCUAGCACAUUAUAGCCAACUCAGCUAGCUAGGCAGCCAUGCAUAUAUGUGUGCGUGUGAUUGUGUGUGUGUGUGCGUGCGUGUGUCGGUUAAGCAAUGUGUACUCAUGGUCUCAUGCCACACCACUAAAUCACAGUGUUGAAGCAAAAGCGGGAAAUAGCUUUUAAGCGCAAUCA